GCCGGGCCCCGCCGCGGCCCGGGGGGGCUCCUCGCCGUCCUCGGCCCCCGGUACCGGCCAGCGCCGGCGGGACGCAGCCCGGGGACUGAGGGAAAUCCCGGGAAGAGGCCACGGGAAGUUCGGGAAAUCCCGCGGCAGGAUGGAGAACAAGGCCGUGGAUCUCCACACCUUCUCCGAGCGGGAGAACGGAUCCGUCCUGGAGGAGCCCUUCGAGGGACGGAGCCUUUCCAAGCUGAACCUCUGCGAGGACGAUCCCGGCCGGAGCAGGAGCCCCUCGGGGCGCUGCGCCCGCAUGGGCUCCGUGGCGGCGCUGAAAUAUUCCGUGGUGGGGCUUUACCUCCUGGUGCUCCUCAUCCUGGUGGGAAUCUUCAUCCUGGCAGUGUCCCGGCCCCGGUCGUCCCCCGAGGAGCUGAAGGCGCUGCUGGGGAACGUCCAGCGCCUCAACGAGACCUUCCGGGACCUGCAGCUGCAGCUGCUGCACCCCCUGCCCAGGGCCGACCUCCUGGAGCACAUCUGGAGGCUCCAGGACCUCCUGCAGAACCACUCGGACUCACUGUUCCUGCUGUCGGGCUCGCUCCAGAGGCUGCAGGAGCUCCUGUGGAGCCUGCAGAGCCAGGCCGGGCAGACGGAGCGCUCGGUGUCCCGGCUCCGGGACUCGCUGGGCCAGCAGAGCGACGCGGCCCAGCUGGAGCUGUCGCGGCUCUCGGUGGACGCCAACGGCAGCCGGCUGCUCCUGGAGCACCACCAGCACCUCCUGGGCCACCUGGGCGGGCGGCUGGAGGCGCUGGGCGAGCAGGUGGCGGCGCUGGGCGGGGCGGUGGAUUCCAUGAACCGCAGCUUCUCCUACGACGUCCGCGUGCAGCAUUCCCGGCUCCGGGACCUGCAGGGGCUCCUGGGCAACGCCAGCGAGGAUGCGCGGAGGAUGCGGGCGGCGCACGGGGCCAUGGAGAGGCAGCUGAGGAUGGAGCUGGCCCUGCUCAACAACGUCACCGAGGAGCUGCGCUUCAAGGACUGGGAGCAUUCCGUGGCGCUCCGGAACAUCUCCGUGAUCCGGGGGCCGCCGGGACCCAAAGGAGACCGAGGCACGGAAGGGAUGGAGGGAGAGCCCGGCCUUCCCGGCCUUCCCGGGCUCCGAGGCCUUCCCGGGGAGCGGGGACCGCCCGGCCCGCACGGACUGAAGGGCGACCCGGGAGAGCUGGGCCCGCGCGGCCCCGCGGGAAUGCGCGGAUUCAAAGGCGAGCGCGGCCCCAAGGGGGACAAGGGGGACAAGGGGGACCGAGGAGCCGCUGGUGGCACCGCCCCGGCCGAGGGCUCGGUGCGGCUGGUGAACGGCUCCGGGGCGCACGAGGGGCGCCUGGAGAUCUUCCACGAGCGCCGCUGGGGCUCCGUCUGCGACGACGGCUGGGACGGCCGCGACGGCGACGUGGCGUGCCGCAUGCUGGGCUUCCCCGGCGCCGCCGACGUGUUCCGCAUGGCGCGCUUCGGACAAGGCUCCGGGAAGAUCUGGAUGGACGACGUGUCCUGCACGGGCACCGAGGAGUCCCUGGAGCUCUGCAGCUUCUCGGGGUGGGGCCGCACCAACUGCGGCCACGCCGAGGACGCCGGAGUGCGCUGCCGGACAGACUGACCCCGCCGGACAGACUGACCCAGCUGGACAGACAGACUGACCCCCCGGACAGACUGACUGACCCCCUGGACAGACUGACUGACCCCCCGGACAGACUGACCCAGCUGGACAGACUG